CACUGGAGCUCAGACCGGGCAGCGUUCAUGCAAAGCUCGUUGACACCCUCUCACUAUCCUCGCGACAACGUGCAUCCUUCCCAACCCGUUCGCGCGUCUCGGGGAUACAUCAGCCUGGUUGUUGGUUUUCCUGCCCUUUUUUUCUUCCUGUUCUCCUCCACCCCCCGACCCGUCGACCAUGAGGAGGAUGCACUGGAAAUGUCAGCAGCUGAAAGCGUCAGAAGCUCGUCGCGGUGGGCUACCCGCAGCAUUCCAGUAGUUCUGGCCGCAGCAGUCGGAUACGCGACCUACGUCACUGUCUAUCGAGUCUGUGUACUUUUUUGGCUCGAUGGACGCCACCAUGUCGGCCCAGCCAUCGUUAUCCUCGUCUUCUAUUUUCUGACCCUGCUACUCAUGGUCUUCACAUACUUCCGAACAAUCCUCAUGAUCAACAAGGAUGUCCCUCUUGUGCCCCUCGGCCCCUUGGCGAUCGAGCGUAGAGCGAACGAGAAGCUGCAAAGCAAUGGGCACGCUGCUCGUCGUGACGGUGAUCUCGAGAGCCAGCCAUAUUAUGUGGCCACCGACCCCAAUCCCGACAGUCCCGGCUUGGAGCAGUUCUACACCAAAGAAGCAUUUGUCUGUGAAAAUGACGGCCGGCCCAAGUGGUGCUCGGAAUGUUGUAAUUGGAAGCCCGACCGCGCGCACCACAGCAGUGAGAUCAGCCGUUGUGUUAUACGUAUGGAUCACUAUUGUCCCUGGGUAGGAGGCAUGAUCGGCGAGAACUCGUUCAAGUUCUUUACUCAGUUCACCACAUACACCUUCUGCUACUGUGGUGUCGUACUUGGUGCCGCAGGCUCGACUUUGAAAACGCAUCUCCAAGCAGGCGACGGCGCAGAUGCUCAUUUGGUCGCCAUACUGGCCAUUGCUGGCUUUUUCGGCCUCUUCACCUUCCUCAUGAGCAAUACCAGCUGGAACUAUAUUGUGACCAACAUGACCAACGUCGAUAUGCUCGGCAGAAGGAAGAAGGUCUACCAGAUAGCCGUCAGAGUACCCCUGAGCCAUGAGUCUUGCGACAAGUACCAUACAGUUACCUAUCCGCUGCCAAGACCGGGCGAAACACCCAGUGCCCAUAUGAGCGGCCUGGCAAGCAAUGGACUGAACUGGCCUGAAGAAACGUCGAGUCAAGCCAGGAGAGACGCACUGGCGAUCCGGAAGUUUGCCAUCCUUAAGACGGACCCCGGCGAGAACCCUUGGGACCUAGGUAUAUGGAGGAACUGGCAAGAGGUGAUGGGGCCAAGCAUUAUAGACUGGUUCCUCCCCAUCAGGAAAUCCCCUUGCACCAAUCACGACAGCCACGAAAGCUAUUAUCGCAUGGACAAAAUGCUCAAGCGUAUCAAAGAAAGAUAUGGGAUUGAUGACUUGUCGUCUGACGAGACGGACAGGUUAGAGAUGCGGGAACUGCAGCGAGACAGACCUUAAGACGAGCACAUUAUGAUACCCCUUAUGUAGAUGCGGUGUUAGCGGCAUCAAACCAAUUAUAAAUUUAUAAUAACUAA